AUGGCACCAUUUGAGGCAAUAUACGGAUGGAUAUGUAAGUCACCUAUUGGAUGGCUAGAGGUGGGAGAAAGAAAACUUUUGGGGCUUGAGUUGGUGCAGGAUGCCACUGAGAAGAUACAUAUGAUUCGGCAGAGGAUGUUGUCAACACAAAGGAGACAAAAGUCAUAUGCUGAUAAUAGACGGAGAGACUUAGAGUUUCAAGUGGAAGAUCAAGUAUUCCUGAAGGUCUCACCAACUAAAGGGUACAACCCGAAUCCCUCUCAUGUAAUACGGUAUGAGACCAUCCAGCUAAAAGAUGAUUUGACCUAUAAGAAGCAAUCGGUAGCUAUCCUCAAUUGGCAAGUCAAAAAGCUUAGUUCAAAGGAAGUAGCAUCAGUGAAAGUGUUGUGGCGAAACCACACCAGCGAGGUGGUAACGUGGGAAACCGAGGAAGAGAUGCGAACAAAGUAUCCCCAUCUCUUUGAUACUUACAGGUACGUUAUCUUAUAG